GAAAACUCCAUGUUUACUCUUAUUUGCAUGUGCCUCAUGCCUGAGGGCUACUACAGAGAGGGAGAGAGAGGGGGAGAAAGAGAGAAAGAGAUGUUCAUUUGAGCAAAUGGCUCAAAGGAACAUUGUUAUCAAGAAUGAAAUGAACAUCGGAAAGUUGUGUUAAUCCUUUUUGGAAGUUGUAAAACUGGUUUUGACUGACCGGUCCUACCGGUGGAGAGGCAUGCAACACUGGACACUACUUCAACACAGGGAGAAAGGUUUCUCAUUGAUGUAAUCGUGUUUUCCAGAGCCGGCAGGAUCAAGGGAAAUGGAACACGGUGGGACGUCAGCUGUCUUGGGCUACGGCUCAUGUCGUCGCUGCUUUGUGCUUAUCCUCAUCGUGGCGGCGACCAUUAUUUUGUACAGCACAAACCGAACAGACUGGGGAAAUGAGUGGAAACCUAAAUGGUUAACAUUUAAAAAGGUCCUUUCUGAUACAAACUCCACUUCUAUGGAAAUCGGGAAUUGGGAAUUGGGAAUAGGGAAUACCACCCAAUUGCCCCAAUCCUCAACCGCGUUGCCCGCACCAGUUCCUUAUGUUUCUCCGGGGCCAUAUAGUGUGGAAUAUCCAUAUGAUUACCACUUCUCUAUAAACCAGCCGGAGAGAUGCAAUCAACUUAGGCCAUUUGUGGUUCUGAUCGUGCCAGUGGGACCAGAAAACACUGCUCAUCGCAUCAAUAUCCGCAACACUUGGGGAAAUCAAAAUCUAUUGCUGCAGGAUAAAGUGGUGAGUCUGUUCUUCCUGCUAGGUCACCCGUCAUCAGCGGGAAACGCAGCAAAGAUUCAGCAGCAGGUGAUGGAGGAGAGCAAGGAGUAUGGGGACCUGCUUCAGAGUGACUUCCUGGACUGCUACAAGAACCUCACCAUUAAGACCAUGGUGAUGAUGGAGUGGCUGCAGACAUAUUGCACAAAUGCCACCUACGCCAUGAAGAUUGAUUCUGACAUGUUCCUCAAUGUGCCAAACCUGAUCAGCAUGCUGUCAACAGCCAAAAAAGAGAACUAUCUGACCGGCCUUGUGGCCCACGGGGCUGCUGUUUUGAGAAGUAAGAGCACAAAAUGGUACCUGCCGCCAUCCGCUUACCCUGAGAGCCAAUAUCCACCUUACGCCCUGGGCCUGGGCUAUGUCUUUUCAUUAGACCUUCCCAAGAAGAUUGUGGAGGCUUCCAGGCAUGUUCGCCCAGUCUACAUUGAGGAUGUUUAUGUGGGAUUGUGUAUGAGACACUUGCAGAUUGUGCCCACCGACCCGCCAGAUUAUAAAUUUCAUGUGUUUCCUCUGAAGUAUAACCGCUGCUCUUUCUCAAGGAUUAUAGCGACCACGAUAAAACCCAGCACUGAUGUGCAAGAGAAUUGGAAAGACUUCUCGAGACCAGGUCCAUACUGUUGACGUUGAAGAACUGAGAAGAACUGAGAGUUGGACUAAAUCCCUUUUUCAUCCUGCCAGAUUUUACCCUGAAGUCUUCCCCAAAAGGCAUGUAUUACUAUAUAGGCAAAUGUAAAAAUCAUAAAAUUAUCAAAUCAUUGUCUUCCACAACUCCACCAAUUUUUUUUACCAAGUACCUUUGUGAUGAAGUUUUACUGCAGUAGUUUUUAAUAAUUAAUUUUAAAGAUGCUUAGUC